AUGUGGAAGUUUUCCAUCGUGCCCUGUGAGGCUGCCCUUGAGGAAGCUCUUCAAGCAGGUGGCUCGGAAGAUCUGCGAUGCUUGUAUGGCCCCAGACGCAUCAGAAGGCUCGAAAUUCUGUUGGCUGCGGCCUUGGAUCGCGAACGUCGCUGCGAGCUGCGACGACACAAGAUGGACAAGGUCUCGCAGUACCUGAAUGUGGUGCUGGAGCGGAAGGAGCACUACUUCGAUGCGCUGCGUGAUUACUUCAGCUUCCUAGUCGACCAUGCUGCCGGAGAGGCAUGCUACCUGCCGGAGUUGAUUGCUCGGCUCGUCGUGUUUCGGCAGCAACUGUGCAGUGCGUCUACCGACAGCAAUCAGCAAGCUGCCGACAUGCUCGAUGGUACCAUCGAGGCUUUUCUGGCAGCGGAAGAUGGUCGAAUGGAGGAUGACGGCUAUGGUAGCGGCCUUGUCUGUGACUCAUCGCAGCGGUGGUUGGGGCAAGACGUUCCAGAUCGAAGUCGUAGCUAUAGUUAUGGCCUACUCAUCGGAGAGGCGGCUCUCCGCAACGGGCGACGCAGCACUGCCCGCAUGAGACAGCUGGGUUCAACAACGCAGCUGAUGCAAGGUCCCCUUGAGGGUAGUCAGCCUGAGCCUGCCAACGAAGUGGGAUUUGGGCUGGCAGGGUUUGGAGGACCCGCAGAACAGGAGCUAGCUGAGCUGCGGGCCGAAAACAAGCUCUUGCGGCGACAGCUGGAAAACCAUCCAGAGCUCUUCCGUCUCUGCUCGGAAAACAGACUUCUGCGAGAACAUCUGGCUACGCUUGUGCAGCAGAAGGCGUCGUCCCACCAGGAAGUGGAUUUCUUCCACGGCCGUGCGAAAGGUCGGCUUGCCAUGGAUGGCAGCUCACAGGGUGACCUCGGCGAGAUGGACGCUUCACUGGCGCGAACGACAUCACGACUCCUGAGCUCCGGGGAGGACGCUGAAGCCGAAAAGACUGCUCGUAAGCUUGGUGAAGGCCAGCGCUUGGCCUUGAAACAGUUUCCGGGCAUCGAGGAGGUAACCCACCUCAGCUCGGAUUCUGGAGAGGAGUCGGAUGAUUCGCUUCGGCAUGAGGCUCGUGACGCCGGUCCACGGUCUUCUGAGCAUUCCGCACAAGGUGCAGAUGUCACCUCCUUCCUCCCGGCCAUGGCCCGGCAGGUGCAGGAGCUCUUCCGUGUGAAAAAUAGCAUGGAGGACACGCUGCGACGCCAUGUUCGCACACAUGGUCUGCAGAGCAAGACCAAGAAUUUGCCAGGAGAGAACCGUUUCGUUCAAGUGGACGGAAUGGGCGUUUACAGCCCUGAGACGGAGGUGGAGGUUGACCCUGAUGACCUUGAGGAGGCUGUUUGCGGAGCCACCGAAGCCUUGCAGCAUGCAGAGGCCAUGCUUGCCAAAGGUGGCUGCGGUGAGCUCUUUGUCGGCUCGGAAGAGGUGGGCCAGGGCGACAGUGUGAGGCGGAGACAUGACGGCAUGGACGAGCGAGAUGUGUUUCUGUCGCUGAUGCGAUCUUUGCCUGGAGAGAGUCAAGCACUGAGCCGGCAGGGCUUCUCAUCAUCUGCACCACAGUUACCUCGUUCUCUGUCCACGGGGCUGCCCAGCGGGCAGACUGCGCACUCUUGCGGGCCAGGCUCACGCUUGCAGCGGAUGAAGUCUACGAUGCAACUGCACAGAAUCGUGGAAGCGCCGGAUCAACAAGAACCUGAAGUGAGCCCGCAGAGCCAAGGCAGCGAGAAAAUGCUCCAGAAUCCGUCAUCGCCGAGUGACAAGCUGCAGCUUGCCAUUCAGCAGGUUCACAGCCUUUGCAAGCAACUGGAAAGUGUUGGAGAAAUCUACAAGGAUGUGAAGUCUCAGCUCGAGCCGAUGCAGCAGGAAUACAUGCGCAGGUUCGACGAAUGCCGCUUCUUGGAAUCGCAAUGCCGCCGACUGGAUGUGCAUUGCCGCCUGUUGGAGGAACGAGUCAGUGCUGCAGAGGCCAGUGGAACCAUUAUUCGAAGUCAGCCGCUGUCGAGUGCACCCAUCCGGCAGCCCGAGAGUCCCCAGGCAAAGCUCAAGCCUGCGCAAGCUGCUGUUCAUGGCGCAGGGAGGUUUAUCCCUGUCGUUCAAGGCUGCUUGCAGGGCCCACCAGCACCGCCAGUGACUCACACACUUCAAAACCAACGAGGACAUGUUCUACCUGCGCAGCAGUAUGUUCCACUGCUGGUCGUGCCAGCGCCUGCGACGAGGGGCUCUCCCCCGAUGAGCGCCUCGGCCGGACACCUUGGCCAAGAGGCCACCCAAAUGAUGCCGGGCAUAGCUUGUACAACUUCCGUCCGCUACUCAGACAACGCCGACCGAGUUUCUGCUAUCACUGCGAAGACGACAGCCGCAGUGUUUCAACUGCUGCAAACAUAUUUCCUCCUCUCUGAGGUCUGUGGCGAACAGGCCGGCUGUGCUUCGGCCAGUCCAGCAGGUUGCGAUCAAGCAGGUGCGGCGCUGACCUUGCCAGUGGUCGUGUCCAGAGUUGCUUGCGCAGCAAAGUGGGGAUGGCGGAAGCCGAACAAGCCGACGGAUUGGAGCCAUGAACGACUCGGAUAUCGUAUCAAAGGUGGUCCUGGCUGGAAUGGCUCCCCGCACACAUGGACAGAGAAAAUUCGAUGGUGCCACCGGUACAAAAGACGCAUCCACAUUCGUCGCAAGGUCGAGGGCAAUUCUGCCCGGCCAAGACUUGCCGUCUUCCGAUCUCAGACGCACAUGCAUGCCAGUGUCAUCGAUGACACGAUUGGUACUGGAGUCACACUGAUCCAGGUGACUUCAAAGCAAACCGGCUCAUUGGAGCAGAUCCGUGCCAAGCAAGGCUGCGAAGCUGGAAAAGAGAAGACCUGGUCGGUUGAAGCUGCAGAGAUUGUGGGAGCAGAAGUUGCAAAGCAAUGCUUGGACAAGGGCAUCACCAUGGUUGUGUUCGACCGCGCCGGCUUUCCCUACGAGGGACGUGUCAAGGCACGGCAGUUGCAGAGGCCGCUCGGAGUGGUGGACUUCAGUGACUUGGUGGACAGAAUCUCCUAUGACCUUGCAAGCAAAUCAUUAGUUCUGACGAUCUUCUUGGCCUUCUCACCGUCUCCAUUGUCACUGAAAGCAUUUCUCCGGUUCGAUACGGUCAUGGAAGGUUGCACAAACUGCCUCGGUCAACGACUCCUAGCAACCUUUGCAAUGCUGUUGGAGGCCGUGUGGCAAAAACAUGUGAAUCCGGUCGCCGCUGUGAGAUCUGUGAGCUUUCUGAAGUCGAUGGGAUGCAUUGACGCAGCGAGUGAUUGGCCUCCUGCUCUGCUGCAGCGUGGUACCUGGAUGAAGAUGAACCUGCUGAGACGGAGGUUUUUCCUAGCUGUUGAGUUUUGCUUCAGCGGUGUCGUCAGAUGUUCACAGGAAACCGGGGCCCAGAUGAUGGCCAACUUCAAAGAUCGUUUGCAAGAUGUGCCUGUGUCGAGACACACGCUCAUGGAGCGGAAUAGCAGGGGAGGGGAGCAGGAUGACCUUGAGGAGCUCGGCUCGCUCAUUUCCUUCUCCAAUCUGGAACAUGUCGUCAAGCACAUCAUUCGGAAGUUUAAGUCCUUGGAGGCAUACAACGAAAGCAACGAUGCUACAAUCAAAAGCCUCAAAGGAGAAAUAGAGUUGCGUGCAACAAUCACUGGCUUGGAUGAGGUGGUGACAGAGCUCAAUCAACGUAUUGAGCAGCAGCAAGAAGCCCUUUAUCUUACAAAGGAGAAUGUCGCCUCCUCCGAGGAAGCGAUAGACAGACUUAAGGGCAGCCAGACUCAAUUAGAGAAGAAGCUCGACACUGUCAUCAAGGAGAAGGCUGUGCAAGACCGCCUGAUCCGUGAGACACAAGAUGCCCUUCUGGACAAAGUGUCCUUGGCCGAGCUGAACAUGUUUGAGGCAAAGUUCGCUGGCUACACUACAAAGUUGGAGCACCAGCAAAUCCUCAGCGCAUUGAGUGACUAUGCCACCCUCGACGUCGCGGAGCGCAUAGCUGAGAACAUGAAAGUUCUCUCCACACGCUUUGAUGAUUAUACGCGGACAGCAAAGCUGGAGCAGCAGCUACAGGAAGUGCGUGACUGGGUUGGCGACGAGCUUCAAAACUACGCCAAAGUUGCUCAGACGACGAUGCGGAUAGAAGAGCUGGCGGUCCACAUCAAAGAGCAGUCAUCAGUGUUUGAUCAGGUUUAUGCGUCCAACAAUGAUCAGCUGCGAGGCCUGUCUGACCGCAUCACGUCCAUGUACUCGGAAUUAGCCAAUGAUCUUCAACAGCGGGCCAUGUAUGAUGACCUGCAAGAGACGAAGCACAGUCUCAAGAAGUAUGCGCUUAGAGCAGAGACGGAUGCGUUUCAACAGGAUUGUGUGCCCAAGCUGAAGUUCUGCGUGGCUUCCAUUGAGGCUUUUGAUCAGCGACUCAGGGCCCAGGAUGAUGCUAUCCAGCGUGUGGAUGAGGUUCUUCUGGACAAGGCAGGCAAGUACGACAUCGUCAUCAUCAACUCGCGAAUCGAGCAGUGUCUCCAAAAGGAAGCUGCUAUGAAAGAGUUUCAUGGGAUGUACGACAAGCUGGAUAGAUUCAACAAGAGGUUUGAGGAGUACAUUGAGCAAGAAAGCAAGCGGCUUGAUGAAUUCCGGCCCCCAGACUAUGGUCCCAUGUUUGAGGACUUGAACCAGAAAGUAGCCCUCAAGGCCGACAAGGCUGACCUCGUCGAGAUGUAUCAGCUUAAGGCAAAUCGAAUUGAUGCAGACGAGCUGGCCAAGCUCCAGGACACCAUACACCGGCAGUUGGAGUACCUGAGUGUGACGACCUUCGGCUUGUCCAAGCUGUGCUUGGCGGAGGCGAAACAGGGCGAGUCCAAGACCUUGCGAAUGCAGCAGCGUACGCAGGUUCUGAUGCAAAGUGAGGCGCUUUGGCAUUGGAUAUUGCACAACGAGCCGCCGCCGAAUCUGGACACGCUGAGACCGCCUCCAGCUCGAGGAGACAACGUGGAUAUCAUCAAAGCUGAGCAUCUCGAUCGACAGAAGCGCUCCAUGGACGACCACAAAAGGAGUCAGCUGGAGCGCAAGUUGGGCAUUGCAUCAUAG